AUGAAACCCCCCACAAACAAAAAAAACGAAGGAUACCUGGACCCAUCCCACCCAGCGACCCAACUCAACCCCUCCGCCUUCCCCACCUUCCGCUCAGACGCACUCAAUCUGCGAGCGGCGCCCGUAGGGGUGUUGUGGAAGAUGGCGCCGCCUUUUGGGUGGCCUUUACAAGCACCUUUCGAGACGUGGUCGGAUAAAGUGGCGAGACACUUUGGGUUGACUCCUACACACGCUGAGACGAAUGCUGCUGCCCGACCUACAUGGGAAGGCGGCACCAGUUAUCUGAACAAGAAGCGAAAAGAGAAGAGGAAAAAAUUCGAUAUACCCAUGUCCUUCUUCUCUGCUACGAACCAGAAACGGAUGGGUGGGAAAGCGGUUUAUGUUGGUGCUAUUAAGCGGAAGAUCAAGAAUGCGACGAGGCUUGUUGUGCUUAGGGGUGCGAAGGUGGGGAGGGGGGAGUAUAAGGGGACCCCGUACGCUAAGGUUGUUUUUGAUGAGGAGGAGGUGAGGAGGAUGGAUGGGAGAGGGUGGAUUAUGCCUGGUUGGUCGUACGUGUUCUUCCCGACAACGGAAGUAUACCGUAUGCCGUAUCCAGACCUUGUCAGUUGUAUACGCGACGCUCUGCGUUUUGUGUAUACAAAGGCACAUGCGAUGGAACAGGGGUGGCUCAAAGCUGAAGAGAGGAAGUUCGGCUUCAGAAAUCCCAGUCCAUCAAGACCCGGUCCUAGUUCUAGGACGCCAACCGUUCCAAGGAAAUCACCUAAGGCUGAGGAUACGGAAGGGAAGAAGCCCGGCAAGUCGAGCCCCAAGGAAACCUGGCUCCGAUACAAAAGAUUGUCUACCCUCUCCGAAAAAAUUGGCGAAGACACCUGA